AUGGCGAGAACAAGGAUGUCGCAAGAAGAGUAUGAGCGAGUUUGCGAGUUCGUGAGAAUGAUAAAAGAGACUGAUGAAGAAACAAACCACAGAGGAAUCUACCUUCAAUACACCACUGCAAUCAAACAUUACCAUUCCGGAUCUUUGAAUUUGGUCGGUCUCAGAAACCAAAUCACGACUAUUUUCAAGAACUGCGACGUUUUACUCACCGCCUUCGAUCGAGUUUUGAAGGAUUUGGAUACGGAUUCUCGUCGAGACGAGACGACCUUUGUCGAUCCGAAGAAUCUGAAACGGAUAAAAGAGUUCUUAAAGUCGUUGAGGGGUGAGCGCGAGGGGUUACGAGUAGGGUUUAUAGAGGCUUUCGUGAGAUAUAAGCAACAUCAAGACGUGAAGACUCUCAAGGAAGAAGUUGACCUAAUGUUACGAGAUUACCCUAAUCUGAAAGAGGAGUUCAGGAGGAUCCUACUCGACCACGGUUUAAUACAAGUCGAGAAACGAGAUGAGAUUACGCGUGAGGAAGAGGACGAGAUGUUCAAAGACGACAUGUACUUUCAUGCCAUUGAAUCAGCCAUUAAGUACGCGGCGGCUGAGGAUGAUAAGAAGCCGGAGGUGGGUGUUUAUGGAGCCGUCAGACGGUUUUACAAACAACAGCGUAGAGGGUUGCCACGAGGGUUCGAGAAAGAUCCGAAACUUGCGGUACGGAGAAUCUUACCAGAUCUGCAGUGGAAGUACAACGCGUUGCUCAAGAACAGAGGAAGGUCUCUUGAGAAGGUUCGCAAGGUGAAUGAAUCAUUGGUUGUUUUCUGA